UUAUUGGAACUAUUGGAAGCGGCCCUUGAAACUUCAUGAACUCAUGGCAGAAACUAAAAACAUUGAUGACGAUGUGUUGAUUCCUGAUACUAUUGCCGCUCUACCGCCAGUUAACGCAAAUGAAUAUAACACUGAUGAGGAUUCCGGCGACGAAAAUGAAGUGGAUAUAAACAACCUCCCUGGAAGUCAGCUGAUGAUAGAAGUUGAGGUUGUAUUUGAAAACAAGGGAUCAAACCAAACUACAGUUGAGAGUGAUUUUGAUAGCGACGAUGACCUACCUUUGUCUACCUUUCUUAGGAAAAAACGACCAAAAUUAUCUAAACCAAAUUACUCUUGGAAAAAAGGUGACAUCAACCAAGAUUUUCCAGAAUGGGUAAACGGAAUGGGCAUGGUUCUCAAUGAGAAAAAGCUCCUUUCCAUAUCUUUUGUGACAAUUUUUUUACGUCAUUACCUCUGUUGGCUGAGCGGACCUCCAGGGGGCUCAAAUGCACAGGAACUCUGCGAGAAAACAGACUAUCAGAUUGCCUUCUUGAAAAAUCCAGUAUGUUCAAGAAAAAAUCCCGUGGUAGUUUUGAUUAUCUUUUGGAGGAGAACCAAAAUAAUAUUGUAUGUAAAUGGAAUGACAAUAGUGUUGUUACAAUCGCCUCAAAUGAAAAGCAAACCCGCUGCGCAUUUUGCCACAAACAAGCAGCAUUCAGAUGCCAGUAGUGUGAUGUUGCACUUUAUCCAAAAAUGUGUUUUUUAA